AUGGGUCGCGAGGAUAUGGAAACAGGAGAAGGGCCGAGAGAGCAGGGCGAGGCUGCACAGAAUGCGGAAAGCCGGGGUGAAGGGAUUCGCAACAAGAGCGUCGACCUGCCUGAUCUUGAUCCGGUGAUGGCCCAGUGCAGUAUUGUGCGGAGGCCAUCGGACCAGGCCAGGGACGAGGACGAGGAAGAGGAAUUGCAACCAGGAUCCAGGUGUCUGGGACGGCCGAGAGAGGCAAGAGAGAUGGGUCAGGGGCGGUGGGGGCUCUUGCCUUACUCCUGGGCUGGCGGCGGGUAG